AACCAUAGCGACCGAGGAGCCGCCAUGAUCCCACCGCCCGAUUCGCUGCUGCGUUAUAACCCGCCCAUGCUGGUGAGUCGCCGUACUGAGAAGCGAUCACCAGAGGCCUCACCGUUGAAGGGAACCCCACAGGCCUCCCCGCCAUCAGGCCCUGUCCCUCCGUCCCGACCUCGCACUGCUGCCGCCUCCGCCGCCUCCACGAAGGAACCUCAGGAGAUCCUGAACGCCAUCCUACCGCCGCGGUCAUGGGAGGAGGAUAACCGGCUGUGGGUGCAGGAGGUGUCCAGUGUUCCCAGCACCCGGCUGGACGUCGUGCAGCUGCAGGAGCAGCUGGAUCUGAAGCUGCAACAGCGGCAGGCGAGGGAGACCGGCAUCUGUCCUGUGAGAAGGGAGCUGUACUCGCAGUGCUUCGAUGAGCUGAUCCGUGAAACCACCAUUAACUGUGCGGAGCGAGGACUGCUGCUGCUCCGAGUCAGGGAUGAGAUCCAAAUGACAAUUGCUGCUUACCAGACGUUGUAUGAGAGCAGCAUCGCGUUUGGCAUGAGGAAGGCACUGCAAGCAGAGCAAGGCAAAUCUGACAUGGAAAAAAGGAUUGAAGAGCUGGAAGAGGAGAAGCGGGUGCUGGAAAAGCUGGUGAAUGAAGAGAGAGCAAGAUGUGACGCUAUUGAGAAACGUGAAAGUGAAAAGCAACAGCUAGAGGAAAAGAAACACGCUGAAGAGGUCCAGUUCCUGAAGAAAACCAAUCAACAGCUGAAGGCUCAACUUGAAAGCAUCCUUGCACCAAAUAAGUAGAUUUUUUUUGCUGUCCUCCAGGCAGUGCUCAGAAGAGCUGUCAGAGCACAAAGCUUGCAAUUAAUGACCAAGAUUUGUCUUCAUAAAACAAUACUGAAUUUUCACUUACCGGUAACUGAAAGCAGUCUAAUUGCAUUAUUUCUCCCUUUUUUCUCAUUAAGAAUUGAAAUUGAAAAGCCUCAGUAAUGACUGUGCCUUCUUCCUGUGCCAUCAUUCAGCUCCUUGAUACAUGAACAUGUCUGGGACUUGUUUGUUGGCAAUAUGCUAGAUGAUCUUCAAAGCAAUAAACUCAUAAAUGCUUUCA